UAUAAAUUAUUGAGAUGCACAGAUAUCUCAUCAGAGGAAAUCCUUCAGUUUUCCAAGCUUUCAGAGGAGGAACGCAGAAUAUAGCAGCGAAGGAGCCAAUUCAAGGCUAUGAAAGGCUCAAAGAGUAUUAUGAAACAGCUCAGGAUUCAAGAUUUGAUCAUCUUCUGUACUCAAUAGAAGAGCCUUCUACACAGACUUAUCUUUGGGAUGUCUAUCAUGGGUCAGAAGAAUACCCAGGGAAUAUAUUUUACGUAACUAACAACCAAACUGCAGGUAAAGGGAGGAAGAACAACAAAUGGGUGGCGAAUGACUCUACUCUAUGUUUUUCAUAUUCCUACUGAGUACACACAAAAUCACGAUCCUCUUCCACUGAAUAUUUCAAAGAGUUAGCGUUCUUGCCCUAUCUGAAUGGGAUCUGCUUGGUAAAGGCACUUCCAGGGUAUAGAUUGUUCCUAAAAUGGCCUAAUGAUUUGUACGGAGUCAGCCUAAAACAUUCAGAGCUUGAGCUAAAGGAUUCAAGCAAAAUUAGGAAAUAUUCCAAGAAAAUUGGAGGAAUUUUGUGUGAAAGUGAGGAAAUUCAUGGUAAAAUCACAGCUAUUUGUGGAAUUGGAAUCAAUUGGGAUCAAGCUCCGAGUGAUGAUUUCAUGGAUAUACAACAAAUUUCAGAGGAUGGUUCAAUUUCAAGGGGCGAAUUUUUGAAACAAUUCCUUGUAAACUUCGAAAAAUAUCAACCUUUGCUUAAAACAGCAAGAGGGAGAAAAGAAAUUUCAGAAAUAGUUCAACAUCAUUGGAUGCAUUCAGAUCAAUCUGUAACAGUGAAUUCACCUGAUUUCAAAAAUCACAAAUUUAAGGCAAAAAUAACUGGAAUUUCAGAUACUGGGCUAUUAGAAGUUGAGUCAAUGUAUGGAAGCUUUGAAGUAUACCCAGACAAUCAUUCAUUUGACCUCCGUUCAAACUCUAUCAUUCAAAAGAAGUAGUUAAACAUCAAAAAUCAUUCAAUCUACAGUUUAAAAA